GAGUGUUUCAGUUCCGAUCAGCGAAUAUUCCUCAGUUAUUCCACUGAAUAAAGACAGAAUUGCAGUGAAAAAACACGGAAAACCCCGCGUGCCAGGUGCCCAAGAGGUGGGAUCAAACGGGAAACAACUGAAAGUGCCGCUGAACAGCGAAGAAAAGCGAACGAAAAACGCCGCAGCAAAGUGAAAAAAGCAAUAGGGAGUUGUGGAGAGGGAGUGGGAGAGAGGGAGGAGCGCCAUCGCGGUGGUGGGUGUACGUGUGCGAGUGCGUGCAUUGGUGUUGUGUCCGUAUCCGUGUUAUCGCCAGCAGCAUUGAGUUGCUCCAAAUUCGCGGCGCAUGCGCAGGACAUUAGCUCGCGCUCUCUGGCUCUCUUUCUCGACUUGGAAACGGAACAGGAUAUUUUAUUAUACUGAAAUUCGUACGCAGGAAAUUCGCAUAGUUGCGAAAGCUCCGCGCUGCCACACGGACGCAUUCCGCUGCUGGCUCCCCGCUGACCCGCUCACCCGCACACCCUCACCCACACACACGCGCCCGCCCGCACACUCGCGCAGAAAUCAAUUAAAGGGAAAAGAUAAGUUGCAGUUUUUCCGGGCCCCGAAAACAUGCUGAAAUUAACACACAAGUGGCGAAAAAAAUGCCGCAGCAAAACAGUGGCAGGCAAAGCGGUGAAAGCGACGAAACUGUGAAACUCAAGAAUGGCAACGAACGCACUGCGGAGAAAGUAGCAAAGCGCAGAGAGAGAGGCUGCGAGGAUGUACUGCCAUUGCGAGUUCCCAGCCAUUGACCACCGAACCAGCGACUUGUCCCCAACAACAAAAGCACCCGCGUAGCCAUUUGUACUUGCACUUUGCAUUCUCACUGCCCGGAAGCAGAGCAGCUUCGGCGGAAAUUAACACAAAUCGAAGUCGAAAAAGUGGCAGAGCGGAGCAGGCGAGAAAGGGAUAGAGAAAGAGCGAGCUACCGAGAGAGCCAGUGCAUCCUCCACAGCGCGGCACACAUUUUCGGCCGGUGACUGCAACGGCCCACUCCUCCGACUCCGGAUCCGCCCUCCGACUCCCGCCCUCCCCUCGCCCACCCCGCUGUCCCUUGCAAUUUGUGAUCUCAUGUUUUCAUAACUCGGGCAGCAGCCGUUGGCACGGAUUAGACGGAACCGUCAGGCGUCAGGCGUCAGGAGGCAUCCGGUUGCAAAGUGCAGGACUCUCAACUCACAACGAACAAGCCGAACUUGCAUUUUUAUAUCGCAUUUUUGUAAGGAACCAGAGAAACGUGUUCAGCAUCGACCAAAUGCCAUCGCCACCAGCUCCAGUCGGACGAGCGAGCAAAUACGGCAAUUAACAGAAGUUGCCUUCGAACGACACCCCACCCAAGGCGAGAGGAAAGGACAGGAACGAAGGAAGGUAUUCCCAAUCGGAUCCCCACUAAUAAAUGCAGUGGAAGAAGAAGUUUACUCGAUUGAAAGCAGCUACUGGAAAUUCGCGUGUGCGAAGAAUGCUUUGUUGUGGACGUAGAAAGGAGAAUGGAAGAUCAGUUCCUGAUGUCACUGCCAGCCCGGGACGCGCUCCUCCCGGCCCGCUGCCCGCCAACCAGCUGUCCUCGCUGGGCAACCAGCAACACCACGGCAACCAGCAGCAUCACGGCAACCAGCAACAUCACGGAAACCAGGGCAACCACCGCGGGGCGAGCGGUAGUCUGUCGAACGCCGCCGGGGUCAAGGACCCGGUGAUGCUUCAGGGCGACUUCCGCAAGGUCAGCGGCAUCAGCUCGGAGAUCUUCCGCCAGAUAGAGGCCGUCGAGAAUGACCACGAUCCCAACACGGCCGCGGCCCUGGAGGCGGUGGAGCGACGCGGGGAGAUGAUCGUGCGCGUCCUGGAGCCGCGAUGCAUGGGCAGCAAGCAGGCGGUGGACGCCGCCCACAAGCUGAUGAACAAGGCGGACGGGCGACACACGGUGCAGCUGGUGGAGAUCGUCAAGCGGCCGGGUCAGACGCUGGGCCUGUACAUCCGCGAGGGCAACGGGGCGGAUCGCACCGACGGCGUGUUCAUCUCGCGGAUCGCCCUUGAGUCGGCGGUCUACAACAGCGGCUGCUUGCGGGUGGGCGACGAAAUCCUGGCGGUGAACCUGGUGGACGUUACCCACAUGUCCCUGGACGAUGUUGUCAUCAUUAUGUCAAUUCCGCGCCGCCUGGUGCUGGCGAUACGGCAGCGGCGUGGCAAUCGUGGCACAGGAUCACCCGGACCGCCGACGCUCUCCCGACCGGAACAGAAACCGCCACCGGUUGUUGUGAUCAAGCGGGAUCUGCGGGACGAGGAUCUGGACGAGACGGACCGGAUGCCGAGACCGCGCUCAUCACGUGAAAGACGUACAGGUAGAGAUGGCCGCGAAAUGACGGAGUCGCGAUCUCGCUUGGGUUUGGGGCUCAAUAACUACAGCCCGCAGUCGGAGCAACUGGAUAUGUACUACAAUACCCGCGGCGGAGGAGGAAGUGGAGCCAUGGGUGAGCCGCCGAACUGGGGCUACAAGCCACCGCCGCCACCGUCUUCGGUGAUUACGGAGCAGCCGACGAAAGGCCAUGCUUUUGCUCCAUCGCACGCUUACUACCAGAAUGCUGGCACCCUGGAGAGCCUGGCGGAGAAGGUACACGCCUUCUAUCCCGGACAGCCCGGCGCUCCGCCUGUGGGACCCUCGAGACGAAUGUCCACGGGCACCGGCAACGUGGGUCUCGCUCAACAACAUGCCAGAUUCCCGCGUUCUGGUUCGGAUCAGCAUUUACCUCGCGUUGAAUAUGCGGACUAUUCGAACUCCCUGGGACGGCACUCCCUUUUGCGGUCGAGCUUGAAGCCAGGAACGGCUGGAGGAGCUCCAAUGCCAGUGGGAGUGGGUGGUACUCUGGGCCGCUACGGGCGCUACGACCAACAGAGAGGCGGGGUGUCCAAGUACGGUCCACCAGCAGGCGGAGCUCAAUCGCUGACCCGUCGCUCCCGACCAAAUCUGGACUAUUCCAGCGAUACGGAGGCUACAAUUGGACCCAGGCCAAGUUACUACUACUAUAACAGACCCGCCAUCGGCAGCAUGCCAAGGGGAUCGGGUGGAGCAGGCGGAGGAGUUGGAGCAGCUACAGCCGCUGCCUUGUUAGCCGGAGCCGCGGAUCUCAACAAAUUCAAUUCAUUGCCACGGGAGCGACCAGGAGUGAGAUUGCAGGGCAUUCGCUCCAGGAUGGGUGACCGUUUGGUGGACGAGAACGACGGCAACACUUCGGCACCCGAAUUCGACGCGAGGAGGGGCAGGGACCUGCGGCAGCGAAUAACCGCCAGUCCGUCGAUAUUCACUGCGGACGAGUAUCGCGCCUGGCUAAGAAGGGCACCCAGCAGUUCUGCGAUUGCGGAACAAAUGCGAAUGACUCGGGACAUGUUUGCCCAGCCACGAGCUCAGCGAUUCUCGUGCAGCGCAGAGAACAUCCACGAUGCUCUGAGGAAUACGGAGAGCAUCUACUCCAGUAGAACCCACAUCCUCGGCACGGGCACUCUCGAUCGGAACAUGGGUCUUACUCGGCCUAUCUCCGCGCUACCCGUGCGAUCUAUGUCCUCGCAGCACAUUGGGGGAGCCGGAUCCAUUCGUUCACCCAGCAUACGGCGCAUGAGGCAGCUGCUGGAACUAUCUGCUGGUCCUGCUAGUCCCAGCGGAAGCAUCCUAAGCACCGGUGGACACCAAAGUCCGGCACCCACGCCAAGUGCCACGUUGCCCCGCCCACACCGCCAGAUCGACAUCAACCCUGCGGAGUUUGCGAAGUAUAAGCUGGACAAGCCCAUCGUGGAUAUAGGAGGAAUCUCCGGCAUGUUGUGGAUUCACUUGCUCGCAGGCCGCGGCCUUAGAACAGCUCCAGAGGGAGCGGCAGGACAGGCGCCACCAGGCCAAACCAGAGAUCUCUAUUGCGUCAUCGAGUGCGAUCGCGUGCACAAAGCACGCACCGUGGUGCGUUCCGGUGACCUGCAGUUCGACUGGGACGAGUCCUUCGAGCUGGAUUUGGUGGGCAACAAGCAGUUGGACGUACUGGUCUACUCCUGGGAUCCGCAGCACAGGCACAAGCUGUGCUAUCGAGGGGCCAUCUCAUUGUCGUCGAUCCUCCGGCAGUCUCCACUCCACCAGCUGGCUUUGAAGGUGGAGCCCAGAGGCACGAUAUACAUUCGCAUGCGCCACACGGAUCCACUGGCUCUCUACAAGCGAAGGGGACUGCCCAGCCUGAGAGCCGGUUACCCCACGCUCUUCGGCGCCGACUUGGAAACGGUGGUCAACAGGGAGUCUAAGAACGCGCCCGGAAGUGCACCGGUUCCCAUCGUUUUAAGGCGUUGUGUGGAGGAGGUGGAGCGCCGGGGGCUCGAUAUAAUCGGGCUGUACCGACUGUGCGGCUCCGCCACCAAGAAGCGACUGCUGCGCGAGGCCUUCGAGCGCAACAGCCGUGCCGUGGAAUUGAGCCCGGAACAUGUUCCUGACAUCAACGUCAUCACCGGCGUGCUCAAGGACUACCUCAGAGAGCUGCCGGAGCCCCUGUUCACGCGCUGUCUCUUCCAGAUGACGGUGGAUGCCUUGGCUGUCUGCCUGCCAGAUGACCCGGAGGGCAAUGCGAAACUGAUGCUUAGCAUUCUCGACUGCCUGCCGCGGGCGAAUAGGGCCACCCUGGUAUUCCUGCUGGACCACCUUUCGCUGGUCGUUUCCAACUCGGAGCGGAACAAGAUGUCCGCCCAGGCGCUGGCCACCGUGAUGGGCCCACCGCUGAUGCUGCAUUCGGCGAGUGCGCAGCCGGGCGCUGACAUCGAUCACGCCCAGCCGAUCGCGGUGCUCAAGUAUCUGCUCCAGAUCUGGCCGCAGCCGCAGGCGCAGCAUCAGCAGAUGGCGCAGCACAUGGGCGGCGCUGCGGGGGCGAUGAUGGGCGGCUUGGCCACCGCCGGCAGCAUGAGCAAUAUGGCCGGCGUUGCUUCAGGUCGGCGCGGCGAGUCAACAGGGCAGCGUGGAAGCAAAGUCAGUGCGUUGCCAGCGGACAGACAGCAACUUCUACUGCAGCAGCAGGCGCAGCUCAUGGCGGCGGGCAAUCUUCUGCGCUCGUCCACUUCGGUAACCAACAUACUCUCCCAAGGCCAUCCUCAGCUCUCAGCCACAGCCAACAGUCAUCUGUAUCAAUCAGUAGUGGGUCAGUUAGCUCAAUCGCAUCGAGCCUUGCAACAAGCGGUGCAACAGCCCUAUCAAUUGGGGGGCUCAGUGGGCUCAGCAAUUCCCGACCAAUCGCCACUGCCACUUCCAGGCACACCCUCCCCCGGCAGUAGUUCGGCGUCGACGGGCUCGGGCUCCGGAUCCGGAUCGGGUAAAAGCACGGAUACCAUCAAGCGCGGUGCUUCGCCCGUUUCGGUGAAGCAAGUCAAGAUCGUCGACCAGCCGUCUAGCCCCUACUCCAUCGUGAUGAAGAAGCCGCCGCUGCAGAAGGACACGCCCGUAGAAAUUACCACGCCGACCACCCAAGCAGAUUCAGCCUCUUCCCUGGGCGGAAGCACUAGAGACAAAGAAAGCAAUGGAACAGCAUCUCGCAGGGGAAAUGUGGACUUCUAUGAACCGCACAAAGCGCAGUCCAAGAGUUCGGUGACCGAAGAAUCCAGCUACACCUCCAAGUACUCCGGCCUGGCUGCUAAGAAGAGCAGCUUUGGCAACAGUAGCUACACGCCAAGCAAGGCGAAUGCCAGUGGGCUCUCCGCCGGCGAGGACUACAAGGCCAUGCGUAACAAGUCGAGCGCCACUUCCAGCUCCAGUUCGUCCCAGGCCACGGUUCUGAGUGCUGGCUCGACGGCCACCUCAGCCCCGACCACCUCUUCGGACGAUUCAGAUGAUCUGGUCUCCUACAAGUCCUCGGCCUCCACAAACGCCUUGUUAGCCCAGUCGCAGGCCAUGACCACCAGCCAGCUGAUGUCUAAGUAUCUGAAGCGGGAGCCACGGGUGCAGUUUACGCCGAUUAAGUCCCCGGACUCACCCUCUCCUCCGGGAGGCGGCGACGGGCUGCCCAAGGGCACUUACCAAUUGGUCACGCCAAGCUCAGGCUCAUCGACCAAGCCGGGUGCUACCACUGGAGCCAUUAGCAAGUACACCACCAGCUCAGCGGACUCGAACACAAAUACAAACAGCCAGAAGUUGUCAUCGCCCUCGCGACUGUCCAGCAGCAAGGAUAGCAACACAAAGACGGGAGCGGUCAGCAGCACCACGGCCUCGCUGGUUUCCACUGGUCGUCGACUGUUCGACAGCCUGGCCUCUUCAUCGUCCUCGGAGACGGAGACCAAGACCUACAUAGGUGGCACCAUUGCGGCAAGUGGGGCAAGUACGCCUGCAACCUACACCAAUGACACCAGGAACUCCGGCAGCAGUAGCAGUAAGUCGGGAAUGGGAGCGGGAUCUGGGUUGGGAGCGGUUUCGGGGGCAAACUCCGAGGGCCGAAGCUAUGGCAGUACGCUCUUCGGCAGCAGUGGCCUGGGAAACGGCAAUGGUAGCAGCCACAGCCACUCCAGCGCCAGUCCGAGUCCAUUCACCACCACCAACGGCAACGGCAACCACAAUACCAUGCACCUGUACGGCACGUUGCCCAAGAAUGGGGCUUCCACGGGGGCUGCCCUGUUUGGCGGAUCGGCCAACAGCUCCUCGUACCACUCCGCGGGGAGUGGAAGUGGAGCAGGAACCGCCAGCAGCAGCGGGGUUAGUUCCAUGACGGGCUCCACCAACAGCUACGACUUCUACACGAGCAGUAGCUCCAGUGGCAGUGGCUCGCGACCCUUCGCCAACGGGGGCAACAACUACCACACACUGGGAACCUACAGGGCCCAGUAUGCGGCCACCAAUCCCUUCCUAGAUGCCUUCGAUGAGAAGCCGGGCAGCAAUGGGGGUAGCCACGGGGAGGAGAAGCUAGGCGCGGACAAGGGCCACCACAGGGCGGCUGUAAUGGCGGCUUUCCAGUCGUCGGGAGACUCGAAAAACGGUAGCGAUGAGUAUGAUGAUAUCAAGUGAGUUACGAAAAGUGCUAUUAAAUGCAUCUAGAAAGAAGGAAAGAACAACUGGAACUACGUUUAUACGCCUUAAAUGAGGGACUAAGAGAUGUGCAAGUGCUAGUUUCUUGUUAAACUUCUUGGUUCUCAAUCUAACUCUGUGCAAAAGCUUGGAUUCAAUUCAGAUUUCCUUCAUCGGAAAGGAAAAAAUUAGUUUUUUCCUACCACUUGUCUUGUAAAUAAUAUCGGUCUAAAUCAUUGAUGCAAUGAGUGCGCACGAGUAUAAGCGUAGUUACUUAACGAAAGAGUACGAAAAUGAAUGCCAUACAAUGCUGAAAGUGUUCUUUUGAAGUAUUUACAGUUUACAAAUUUACAAGAUACGAAAGAUAAACGAAUAUAAGCCCCUAAAAAUGAACGACACGAAACGAUUUUGCAACCAGCGUCAAGUCCCUGUCCCAUGGAAGCCCAAAGGCCAUCCACUAAAGCAAGAAUAUAAAACUAUAUAGUCAUCGAGCUCUGUGUAUGUGUGUUUAUAAAUACUUAAUGGAAGCUUAUCAUUGGUAGCUUUAACCUUCUGCAACGCUCGACAGUGGGCAGCCAUUCAGCUAACCCGAAUCCGAAUUCAAUAGGAUUUACGAACAGUAUUUUUGAAUGAACUAAAACAUAAAUUAAAGACAACACCGUAUACAACAAAGUACAUAAUACAAUAUAAAAAGAAAAACUUAAACAAAAGGUUGAUCGCGCAUUUAAUUUUUACAAACAAACGAUUUCUACAUAAACUUACACGCCUCUAAUAGACAAUUAAGUUGAUAACGUAUUUUUUCGUAAUCCCACUUCACAGUGAAAGCUGUAUAUAAAAAGAUGCUAGUUCACCACAUCCUAUCUCUAGUCUAACCGCAGCAUCUGCUAUGUGUGUGACCGUGACCAACUCUCUAAUCAGUAAAACCAGUAUACACGACUAUGACAACCUAUCUAAAUUAACUAUUGGACGACUUUUAAGCAACAUGUGUAUUUGCCUAAAGUGUUUCCCUAUGCCUAUUAUAUAAAUCUCUAUACACACGUGCAUACGUGAUUGGAAGUGCCGAUCGCCUCGUACCACAGCGCUGGAAGAAACGAACACCACACGGAUACUGACAUGCAAAUACAAAUACAUGAAUUUACUGACGAAUCGAUGUGCUUAGUUUUUGUAUGAAACAAAGUCUGAUAUACACACUAAUAUACAACAGUACAGUAUAAUAUUUAUAAACGUUUAAACAUAAUUAUACAAGCGAUGAAAAAGUAACAAAAGGAGAGUAAUGCUAAAAUAUAUACUACAAGAUAACAAAUUAACACGCUUUGCGACUAAGAGAGUUUUACAGCAGUUAUGUUUUUCAAAGCUUUUUGCAACGUAUGACCAACUGUGCUUAAUCCCAAUCAUACAGUAAUAACAUAUGAAUGAGCAUAUAACGAACUCAAUCGCAUAAACCCUAUAAACUACUUUCGAGUACCACGCUGCGGAACUGUAAAUACCCAGAAAGAUAUUCCCCUCUCGGGUCUAGUCAAAAAAUCGUCAGUUGAAGCUAGGUCCUAGUCAAAGGCCUCGCCGGUCAAUACACAUAGCCUACAGUGACAUAUUAUUUAACUAGGUGUAACAGAAAAAUAGCCGAGAAGAAAUUAGGAAAGCUAGAAAACAGAUUUAGAGGCCGACAAAGAUUUAUGUUAGCAACCAAAAAUGCAUAAUCGUUCGUCUUCAUGCAAGUACAACUUCCCUCAGCAGUUCAACCACACCAAUUGAAAACAUAGAUCUAAUCAUAUUCAAAUUCAUAGUACAUUUUUCAUAACUAUUCAAAAAUAUAUAAGCCCAUGCGUAAACGCAACUAUAAGCUAGAUUGUGCAAUAUUUGAUUUUAACAAUUGACACGGAGCGGGGAUUGAUGAGCAGUCCGAGAACACGUUGAGAUUUUAAAUAGCAAAUUAUUCAGUUAAUUGUUGUCAGAUUUAUUUUAUACGAAUGGAGAGCAUUUGAAGUGUUAAACAUGAUUAUGAAACCAAAGAAAACAAAGUUAAGAACCACGACAUAGGCAGCCAUAUAGUUGAGGCGAUUGAUUUUUAUAUAGUGAAUUGUUAAUUAUUGCAAAUAGCGAGUAGAGGUUUUAAUAAGAGUCAAAAGUAAUUGCAAUGGCAAGCAGAAAAGUUUAUUUGUGGUAAUCGCGAUACCCGAGCCACAUUAGCCCAACCUGUUUACUGAUUUUAGGAUUUUAACGUCGUAAAUACCAAAGAAAAGUCAAUGUUACUACAGCUGUCGCCUUCGUUUUAAACACACGUAGUACUCUAACGUCCCUAGUAGCUCCCCGAACCCUUCUUCUUGAUUUGUUCACCCCGAAAGCUUUAAUCGUUGAACGACCCGGUUACAAAUUCGAGACAUAUUCUACAUAUACCAAAUAACAGUAGCGGAGUAGGUGGAGGUCAUAGUGAGUAGGACAACACUUCGGUUUAUUUGCUGUUUGUUGUGGCUUCAUAGUCGUAGAUAGCUUAGGCCUAAAAUGUGGAAGCUGGUAAAGAAUCGGAGGUGGUCAGUUGGUGGUGGGUGGAACAACUGGAGGCUGCGACUGCGAGGGCGCCUGUUUCGGCUUUUGCCGCUUGGAGCUGCUUUCCUGAUCCCGGUCCUGUUCGAUAUGUAUUUGUACUUGUACUUAGAACUCGUAAGCAUACACUACGGAAUAUAUAUCACUGUGUCAUAUCGUACAUUUAAAGCAAGUAAGGCAGGUGGGCGAAGCAACCAGAAGAGGGUAAACUGUUAACGCAAAGUAUUCACUUAUUGAAGUAUGUAUACAAACCUAAAUUAUAGCGACCGAGCAUCAACUACAUAAUAUACACAGAUAAAUACCAAACUAAACCCUAACACGAUUGGCAGCAAUCAAGUACUACAAAUUGUAUAUGCAUUUAACUUAGAAUAACUACAACUAACUAUACACUAAUAACUGAUACGAAAACCAAUCCAACUGUUAGCUGGCGAAAGACAACGGCAAAUGAAUUGAUAAUACGCUACACAUUAGGCAUUAAUGUUAGUCAACAGUGAAUGAAAAGGAAUCGAAAUGUAUUGCACAAUAUCGAACACAUAUAAAUAUUAGCGAAAGUAACUAAGCCUACGCGAAUAAGGCGCAUACGAAUAGUAUCGGAUACGUAAGCAAUGGUGGCAGGAUGCAGUUCAGAAUUCAUUUCGUUAUGUUCAAAACACAAUCUCGAAAUCGGAAAUGUGUUCGACCGAAUCCACGGCGGAAAUCUCGGAUAGUUUGAAAUGGAGCUCAGUUCUAUUACGGUUUGGAUAAUUUGGAUAAUGAGUACGCAUAAGUAUAUAUAAAGAAUGUGUGAGUUUAUGUGUGUAUUAAAUGUGCCUACACUUUCGUUUACUUUCGAACCACAAAGAUCCUUCCGCCCACGCCCGUGCACCCUUAGUUUCCGCCCCACUUUGAGAACCCUUUGACGCUUUACGGGGAUUUUUUUUUGUUUUUCGAGCGAUUUGCAAGCGAUUGCAAAUGAGGUGAAUAUUUUUUCUGUCGAACUUAACAAGUAAAUGGAGACCAAAUGCUCAGGGCUUUAGCGAGUUACAUUAGGCGUAAAAUACAAAAACCAAAUAUGGGGAGACCCACCUAAGAACUAAGUGCAACACAUCACGAGCAUACUCCAUCAAACGUUAGGCCAAUGCAUUUUAGUUGAAACUUUAGCUCUUGUCAUCAGCAGCAGAAGCGGCGGGUGCAACACCAACAUCAACAAUAACAACAGCAGCCACAACAAGAACAAUCCAGCAAACAAAUUUACAAAAUCCAAGCAAUCAAUUUGUUGAAAAGACUGAAAACCAUAUAAAACAAAAAGAAAAGGAAAGUAAACCAACAACAUAAAACUACCUUGUGAACGAAUAAAGGGUUCAUACAGAUCGACAUCAAACAAAAAAAUAUACAAGCAAAUGAAAUGCGAAGAAGAUCCCCAGUUGUAAGAAGUGUCAGAGUUUUCCUUGGGUUUUCGAUCAUUUGAAAUGUUAGGUUGAACCAUUUUCUAGCGCGUCAUUGAACUUUAUCAAAGUAACAUAACAAACCUUAAGGUAAUAGUGAAAUAUUAGCGGAAAUAAAAAAAAUAUUACCACCAGCAUUUUGCUACCUUCUUAAUAUGCAAGUUUAAUAAUAAAAUGCAAUAAGGAAUAGAUUAACAAUAGUUCAAAACUUAUCGAAAAGAAGGAGAAGAGUUUUCAAUUAGGAGGGAAAACAAUACCGAAUAGACCUAUCGCCGAAGUGACACACUCCUCCCAGGGCGAUGUGCAAAAUUAAUACCGAUUUUAUUAAACUUUAAAAUCAUUUUCAAAAACCCACCAUAAGAGGAAGCGAAAAGAACGAAAUAAAUCUAAAGUAAAUCUAUACCGUUUCCGUUUGCUAAACCUUUUUCUUCAUUGGUCCUCCCAUACUAAUGAUAUAUGAACGAAACUCAAACAAUUAAAAGUUAAAAAACUUACAUAUGUAUAUAUCUUAAUAUCUUAUUGCGGAUACCCAUACCUAUAGCGCAGACCUAGUGGACAGGCUAAACCCCGUCGGUGCAAAACCCCAUCCUACCAACUGACACGAACUUAUUGCAAAGCGCCAUUAGCGAGGAUUCGUUAGAACGGAUAAUACUCUGAUUUACCACUGCCACAAAGAAACAAACAAAUUGUAUCGUUAAUAUAGAUAUAAUACAGCCGGUACAUUAUACAAAUACUUUGCAUAUAGCGUAAAAUUAAAUAUUGAGAAGUGACUAAUUUGACAAGGACACGUCGGAAAUACAUUGCAAUUAUAUAGUAUGCAUAAUGCAUUGGCGGACGUGCAUGCAGCGUCUGCGUGUAUGUGAUUGCCUAAUGAGCAAGUAAACUUUACGUUAUAAUUUAUUCCGAACAAAUAACAAUAAUAAUUAUCGCAAAAACAAAUGCAAACUAAAACAGAAAUAAAGCGAUGUUACAUUAUUAAUGAAAAUAUAUAUACAUAUAAAUAAAAAUGUGUUUUGGUA